UGUCUUUACAUCUGUAAGCAGAUUUUACUAUGUUUUCCUGUUUUCUGCCAGCUGCAGUUUACAAAGGAUGUCACAGCUCUGGCAUAUUCCCAAGAUGCCUACCUGAAAGGCAAUGAAGCUUACAGUGGUAAUGCCCACAACAUACCCGAACCACCACCAAUAUGUUAUCCACGCCUGACGCCUGCAGCUUCGGUUACGGCGCAGGCUGGUGACAAACUCUCUUCUGAUUUCCCUUUGGGGAAGCAGCAAGUCGCUAGACCAGUACGGGCAUUGACACAGCCAGAGAGGGCCUACAGAAUGGAAAUACAAGUGCCUCCAUCACCAACAGACAUUGCAAAGUCAAACACAGCUGUGUGUGUUUGCAAUGAAACUGUAAGGACUGUUAUUGUGCCUUCUGAGAAGGCUGUAGAUCUGCCAUCUUGUAGAAAUAAUCAUGCUGGUCCAUCACACAGAACAGAGGAAGUCAGAUACGGCCUGAAAGAUCAAACCUCUCUGAAAGCACGGACCACAUCACCACCUUCCUCAGUGUCCACUGCCAUUGUACUUCCACAGACUCCAAUAACAAGGCCAAUUGAUCCAACUGGAACGAUAGGUAAAGCUUCAAACUAUGUAGUAUGCCCAGAAGGAAUCCCAAGCACUAGACCUCCUGCCGCAGCCACUGACUCACCCUCUGUCUCUACUAACCAUUAUAGUUCUCCGACCUCCCACCAGCACAUAGACUGGAAGACCUACAAAACCUACAAAGAGUACAUCGACAACAGGCGCAUGCACAUGUACGGCUCGCGAACGAUACAGGAGAGGCUGGAUAGUCUACGAGCAGCCUCUCAGAACACGACUGAUUAUAACCAGGUGGUACCGAAUCGCACUGCUUCCCAGGUACGGCGCAGAAGCACCUCUCACGACCGGGUUCCUCAGUCCGCUCAGAUCCGGCAGCGGAGCGUCUCGCAGGAAAGGCUCGAAGAUCCCGUGCUGAUGAAAGAGUGGCCACGGAGCGCUUCCCAAGAUACACUAACUUCACCUUCCAUUAACGGCAGGAAUCACAGGGCUCGCUCCUGGGAUUACCUGAGCAAACAGGGUGAAACGCUGGAAAGUUUUCGUUCUGAGAAUCUGAUCACGGAUAUGAAUGGAGAUAGGAGAAAGACGUACAAGUGGACAGGAUUUACUGAACAAGAUGACCGGCGAGGUAUUUAUGAGAGGCCGAGGCAACAUGCAUUUCAUAUGUCCCUUCGAGGCCAAAAUUUUCCUAUGGCUCCAAGCGCUUAUAUUUCAGACAAUAGGAGAAUAGGUAGUAGAGCUUCUCUGUCUGCUUCUCACUUCCAGAAAGGUCCACCAGAUGUAAAAAUGUUACAGUCUUCUCGGGAUUUGCAGUCUGUUGGGGGAGUAUCAAAGCCUACAGCUAUUUCACAAGAGAGAGCAUCUCUCGCAACAGCUAGAAGUUUUAAAAGCAGCUCUUUGAAGAACACUGCUUCCUAUGCAGCAAAACCAUCGUUCCCCCUUAACCAGAGCCUGGAUAUUGUUGCCAGCAAAGACCAAAGAACAGUAAAUCACUUGCAUCAGAGUGGUCUGUUAAAUCAACAGCCAAGGAUCCGAGCAGAAGGUUCCCCAGACCACAAAACAGAAGCUGGCAAAAGCAUCCAGCCCUCUUCUUUGUUUGCGGCUUCUGCCAAACUUGUUCAUCAAACAAGUGAGAGUUCAACUACCUCUGAAAUUGUAGAUACUUCCAUCAGACAAAAGAGUCACGAAUUUGAAAGGGAAGAUGUCCGAGAGCCUGAAAUUCUGCAGCCUGAUGUUCAGGAAAGUAACAAAGUUGUCAUGCGGGAUAAAUCGCCUUCUGGCCACCAAACGCCCCAGCCUUUGAGACACCACUCCUACAUUCUGGCUGUAAAUGACCAAGAGGCUGCUUCAGACACUACCUGUUGGUUACCUAAUGAUGCUCGGAGAGAAGUCCACAUAAAAAGAAUUGAAGAAAGGAAAGCGUCGGGUUCCAGCCCACCUGGCGAUUCCUUGGCUUCCAUUCCGUUCAUUGAUGAGCCAACUAGCCCUAGUAUUGACCACGAUAUUGCACACAUUCCUUUUAUUUCUGCAUCUGCCUCGCAAGCCCCUGCUGUAACAACCGUUCCCCCCAGCCCCGCGUCUCCCGUCCCGCUGCUCCGUCGGCAGCUUUCACACGACCACGAAUCCAUAAGGCCUAGUGUCCUGGAUAGCCAGCCUGCCACAAAAACUGAGAGAUCAAAGUCUUAUGAUGAAGGAUUGGAUGACUAUAGAGAAGAGGGAAAAUCAUCCAUUAAGCAUGUAUCUAGUUUAAAGGGGAUCAAGGUCCCAGACAGUCAAAAAUCAUCAGAAGACUCUGGUUCUCGAAAAGAUUCUUCUUCAGAGGUCUUUGGUGAUGCCUCCAAGGAAGGAUGGCUCCAUUUUCGUCAGCUUGUCACAGACAAAGGAAAGCGAGUUGGUGGAAGCAUUCGGCCGUGGAAACAAUUGUAUGUUGUUCUUCGAGGCCAUUCGCUUUAUUUGUACAAGGAUAAAAAGGAACAAAUGACCCCAUCUGAAGAAGAGCAACCUAUCAGCAUCAAUGCUUGUUUGAUAGACAUCUCAUACUGUGAAACCAAGAGGAAAAAUGUAUUUAGGCUCACCACAUCAGACUGCGAGUAUCUGUUUCAAGCUGAGGACAGAGACAAUAUGUUAGCAUGGAUUAAAGCAAUACAAGACAACAGCAACUUAAAUGAUGAGGAUACUGGUGUCACUAGCAGAGAUCUAAUUAGCAGAAGGAUUAAAGAAUACAGUACAAUGAUGAGUUCUUCAAGCAGCAAAACAGAGCCGUCUCCCAAAACACCUCGUCAGAGUCUAAGCAUCAGGCAGACUCUGCUUGGAGCAAAAACAGAGCAGAGGACACAGAGCCCCCAUUCUCCCAAGGAUGAAUCUGAAAGAAAGGUUCUCGCUAAAGAUGAGACGAGCCCACCAAAGGACAAGGGAACGUGGAGGAAAGGCAUUCCAGGGAUCAUGUGGAAGCCGUUUGAAAAGAAGCCGUCUCCUAUGGGAACGUUCGGAGUCAGGCUUGACGACUGUCCCGCGGCUCAUACUAAUAAAUAUAUUCCCCUGAUUGUUGACAUAUGCUGCAAACUGGUUGAAGAGAGAGGUCUUGAGUACACAGGUAUUUACAGGGUUCCUGGAAAUAAUGCUGCCAUCUCAAGUAUGCAGGAAGAACUCAACAAAGGAAUGACUGACAUUGAUGUUCAUGAUGAUAAAUGGCGAGACUUGAAUGUAAUAAGCAGUUUGCUGAAAUCCUUCUUCAGAAAGCUCCCAGAACCCCUUUUCACCAAUGGUGUACUCAAAGGUGUACUCAAAGCUACAUGGUAUCGGUGUGGUUAUAAAUAUGUAAUGAUACAGGUGAAAGUUGAUGUGAUUGAUGCUAUUGAAAACUUGGAUGAGAUGGAGCCAAGAAACUUGGCAAUAGUUUUUGGUCCAACACUCGUGAGGACGUCUGAUGAUAACAUGACACACAUGGUUACGCACAUGCCAGACCAAUACAAAAUUGUAGAAACACUCAUUCAAAAACAUGACUGGUUUUUCACAGAAGACGAUGCUGAAGAACCUCUUACAGCAGUUCAGGAGGAAAACACUGUAGAAUCUCAGCCAGUGCCAAACAUAGAUCAUUUACUCACCAACAUUGGAAGGACGGGAGUUUCUCCUGGAGACGUAUCAGAUUCAGCUACUAGUGACUCAGCAAAAUCUAAGGGUUCUUGGGGUUCUGGAAAGGAUCAGUAUAGCAAGGAACUGCUCGUGUCCUCCAUUUUUGCAGCAGCUAGCCGCAAGCGGAAAAAAACAAAAGAGAAACCACAACCAAGCAGCUCAGAAGAUGAGUUGGAUAAUGUGUUUUUCAAGAAAGAGCUUGCAGAGCAGUCCCGUGGUGAUGCAGCAAAAGAGGACACAGCUAAAGGGGAAUAUGAGAGAGAGAGAGACACGGGGAGAAAACAGAGGAUGUUUAUCCUGAAGGAAAAAGAGAACAGCAGUAAAAAAGAUGUGAAUGUUGUGAAGGAUGAAAAGAAGUUGUUGAAGAAGGAAAGUAUCCUGGCACAGGAGCCUUCACUGCCUUACCAUGAAAAACACCCCAAAUCGCCGGAUCUCGGCUGUGGGCAAACCGUGCAGAGGAGCAACCCCAAGCUGCCUGGCUCACAGUCGUCUUCCCAGGUCGAGGAGACAGUGUCUGACUCUGGCACUAUGCUCAGUACUUCUUCCCAGGCUUCCCAGCACAGAUACUCUUGCAAAAAAGUAGCCAGCCCUGAAAUUAAACACGAGUUUUUAGCAGCUGAUGUCAGUUCCAUCACUUCAGAUUAUUCAACUACUUCAUCUACUAUCUAUCUGACUGGCUUAGAUGCCACUAUGCUGAGCCCUGAGGUGCAGUCCGUGACAGAAAGCAAGGGAGAAGAUGCUGAUGAUGAAAGGAGUGAGUUGAUCAGUGAGGGGCGUCCUGUGGAGACAGACAGCGAAAACGAUUUCCCUGUCUUUGCUGCAAGUGCUGCUGCUGAGAGGCUGUCCAAGGGGAAGGGUUCGGAAGCGGUGAAGACGAGUCGGAGGAACUCGGAAGAGAGCGAAGUAAGUUGUACUGAGGGGAGUUCAACACCAAAGCUGGAGAGCCGCAGGCUUUUCAGCUCCCACAAACUCAUCGAAUGCGAUACGCUGUCGAGGAGGAAGUCUGCGCGGCACAAAACGGACAGCGAGGGGUCAGGGGACGCGAAGAGCGACAAGGACUUGCCCGCUGUGACCAGAAUGUUUGACAUAAUGAAGAAAGGAAGAUCAACGAGCAGUUUAGCCACAUCAGCCAGGGGUGAGGCUGAUAAGCAAGAACCUACCUGGAGACUUAAAAUUACAGAUAGGUUAAAGCUGCGACUCAAAUCAUCUGCGGAUGAUAUGUUUGGAGUUGGGAAUCAAAAAUCCAACUCUGCAGAGACGACAAAGAGAAAAAACAUCAGGCGAAGGCACACACUGGGAGGACAGAGGGAUUUCGCUGAAAUAAGCGUCCUGAAUGCUUGGAAAGCUCAAGAUCCAAGUCAAGGUAAAGAGAGGGAGUCUGAGCUUUCCGCUGUGAAUCGGUUGAAGCCAAAAUGCCCGGCCCAAGACCUGUCCAUCUCGGAGUGGCUGGCGCGGGAGCGCCUCCGCACUAGCACCACUGACCUUCCCGCGGGCGAGGCCGGCAAGGCCAGCCCCGCCGUCGAUGCCCAUCCUCACAAACUGUCCGGCACCCAAGUGGUUCGAUCCCGGUUCUACCAGUACCUUUGAGAUGGGGAGAUGUGUCCACUACAGCAAUUCAUUAACUUACUGUUACACUUCCCAGUAACUGUGUGUGUAUGUGUGUGUGUGUACAUAUAUAUAUAUAUAUAUAUUUUCCUGUACUGUUGUUGUUAUGCAGCCUUCAUUUGGGCUGGUUUCAUCGAUGUGCACUGUGGAACUGUCUUCACGGUGCAUUACCACAGCCAGAAGAACACUAAAGUUAAAGUAUAUAUAUAUAUUUUAAGAAAAAGUAUAUUUGAUGGCUGCAUACAAAUGUUGAACGAAGCAUCUGAUGCAACAUGCUGUGUAGUGUAUACAUGGGUUUACGACUGAGAGUUGGCCUGGCAUUAGUAUGCAGAAAAAUUGUUCUUUUGGUUUAGUCACUAACAAGUGCCUCAUCAUAAAUUCAUUUGGUUUGUUAGGGUGCCAUAUUGUUAAAUUAGAGAAACUUAUUACAAACAAAUGAAUGCAUUUUACUGUUAAUGAGUUUCAUUACAUUUUACAAAUGUUAACACAGGUGGCUGCAGAGCUUCCAUUCCUUAGGCAUUCCAGUAAAUCUCGGAGUUUUAUAUUUCCAAUUUUAAUACAGAUUUUGAGUUUUAUGUGACUUGAAUUUUUAAUCUUUCUGUAAAAUAAGUAACUUAAAUGUACAUAUUACACGUGUAUCUUUUCUUCAGAUACCAGAUUUGAUAUAAAUGUUGUAACAUAGGCGUGUAGAUAGUGGAUACUGGAUGGAACUGGUUUCUUUUAUUGAGAAUAUAAUUCUGCAUGAAGACCUAAUGAAUCCAAACCUGUAUCAUGCCUGUGUGCAUACCCACUUAAACACUGGAAAUAAAAUUGUUUUGGUGAC